UGCUGCUCGGGGUCGAGCCUGCCACGCAGGCGCCACCACGCCGCCGCCAUUGUUGCCCGUGCUGCGCGGACCGGGCCGAGCGACAGGUCUUGCUCAUCCUUUCAAGUUCUGGACUCAGAAUUUGUUACAAGCUGCUACUUUUACUGUGGUUCCAUUCUGGCCCUGACUGCAGCAGCCCUUGAGGAAAAAAAGAAUUAUUGAGACUAUAGCAUGAGACUUCAAGCAGUUGGCGCAAUACUGGAAAAAUAAAGGAUCCUGCCAGAUUGGUUCUCCUGUCUGUAGCAAUGUUAGCCUCAAGAAAGAGGAUGGCCAAUUCUUCACGCUCCCAAGUUCUUCUUAUGUGGAAGCCAGACAAGGUUCAAAACGGCCCCCGCAGUGUUGAGAAGCAAACACUCACUUCAAGUCUCUUUCGUGACACUGAGACCUGUCGACAGAAUUUUAGGAAUUUUCCAUACCCAGAUGUGGCAGGUCCUCGGAGAGCAUUGAGUCAGCUCCGUGAGCUCUGCCUUAAGUGGCUGAGACCUGAGGUUCACUCCAAGGAACAGAUCCUGGAGUUGCUGGUGCUGGAGCAAUUCCUGACCAUCCUGCCUGGGGAGGUUAGGGCUUGGGUAAAGUCUCAGUACCCAGAGAACAGCGAGGAAGUGGUGACGCUGGUGGAGGAUUUGACUGAGAUUCUGCAAGAGGAAGCUCCUCAGAAUUCUGCCCUCCCCCAAGAAAUCCCAGAGGAAGACCCCAAACAUGCUUUCCAGGCAGGGUGGCUCAAUGACUUGGUGACCAAAGAAUCGGUG